AUGGGUCAUCUAAUUACCGUUGCAACCUGUUCACUUAAUCAAUGGGCACUUGAUUUUGAAGGAAACCUUGCACGCAUUCUUGAAAGUAUCAAAAUCGCCAAGGCGAAGGGUGCCAAAUUACGCGUUGGUCCGGAACUCGAAGUCAGUGGCUAUGGCUGUUACGAUCAUUUUCUCGAAAGUGAUACGUAUCUGCAUUCUUGGGAGGUGUUAGCAGAAAUCCUCAAAAGUGAAGAGGCUAAGGAUGUGAUUUUGGAUAUCGGCAUGCCGGUAAUGCAUAAAACGGUUAAAUACAACUGCCGAGUUAUUGUGUGCAAUGGCAAGAUUGUCUUGAUCCGACCAAAGAUCUUCCUAGCAAAUGACGGUAACUAUCGUGAACCACGCUUCUUUACAGCAUGGGUUCCAAAGAAGGUGGAGAAGCACUAUCUGCCCCGUAUGAUCCAAAGUAUCACUGGUCAGUUUACCGUUCCAUUUGGUGAUAGCGUUGUAAGCACCCUGGAUACCUGCAUUGGCUGUGAAACUUGUGAAGAAUUGUUUACACCGCAAAGUCCCCAUAUCUCAAUGGGCCUGGAUGGUGUGGAGAUUUUCACCAACAGCAGCGGUAGUCACCACGAGCUUCGCAAACUUGAUACGCGUAUCAAUCUGAUGAAGGCUGCUACGGCAAAGGUUGGUGGUAUCUAUCUGUAUGCAAACCAACAAGGUUGUGACGGAGACAGACUGUACUAUGAUGGUUGCGCCAUGAUUGUAAUGAACGGUGAUGUGAUUGCCCAAGGAUCUCAGUUCUCGCUUCAUGAUGUGGAAGUUGUUACUGCUACUGUGGAUUUGGAAGACGUCCGCUCGUUCAGAUCACGCACCGCCAGCCGUGGUGUCCAAGCCGUACACACAGAAGCAUACGAGCGCGAGGACGUGGAGUUCUCUCUAUCGCACCCACACAUGGAUUCCGAUGCAGGCAUCGUUCCAGACAAACCACGAGCUCCGUUCUACCACUCGCCAGAGGAAGAGAUUGCAUUGGGUCCCGCCUGUUGGUUGUGGGAUUAUCUUCGUCGAUCCAAGACUGCUGGUUACUUUCUACCUCUUAGUGGCGGUAUCGAUAGCUGUGCGACCGCCGUUAUUGUAGCAUCCAUGUGCCGUCUGGUUGUCAAGGAAUGCAGUCAAGGAAACCAACAAGUGAUUGCUGAUGCCCGUCGUUUGGCCGGCGGCACCGACAAGAAUUAUAUUCCUACCGAUCCUGCACAGUUUGCCAAUCAAAUCUUCUACACAUGCUAUAUGGGUACAUCCAACUCUAGCGAUGAAACGCGCGAGCGCGCCAAAAAUCUUGCUGAGGUCAUUGGCAGUUAUCAUACCGAUCUGAACAUGGACACUGUUGUCUCGGCCAUUCACGGUCUGUUUUCUUUGGUCACCGGCAAGACACCGCAAUAUCGCAUCCACGGCGGUUCCAACACUGAAAAUCUGGCCUUGCAAAACAUCCAGGCACGUCUUAGAAUGCUUUUGGCAUAUCUUUUUGCCCAGCUCAUGCCAUGGUGUCGAUCCAAGGAAGGUGGCUUGCUUGUUCUGGGCAGUGCCAAUGUGGAUGAAAGUCUUCGCGGGUACUUGACAAAGUAUGACUGCAGCAGUGCGGAUGUAAAUCCAAUCGGUGCGAUUAGCAAGACGGAUUUGAAGCGCUUUAUUGCUUAUGCGCGCGACGAGUUCAAGAUGUGUAUUUUGGAAGAGUUUUUGGAUGCUACACCUACAGCUGAGUUGGAGCCGAUUACAAAGGAUUACGUGCAGUCGGAUGAAGUUGAUAUGGGUAUGUCGUACACUGAGCUUUCUCAGUUUGGACGCUUGCGUAAGGUCGAACGAUGCGGUCCAUUCUCCAUGUUUUACAAGUUGUUGCAUGAAUGGGGUCAAGAUCUCCGGCCUACAGAGGUGGCGGCCAAGGUCAAACGCUUCUUCUUUUAUUAUUCCAUUAAUCGGCACAAAAUGACCACCAUCACUCCAUCAUAUCACGCCGAAGCAUACAGCCCUGAUGAUAAUCGCUUCGACUUGCGACCCUUCUUAUAUAAUGCUACAUGGAAGUGGCAGUUUAGCCGAAUUGACAAGGCAGCAGAAAGUAUGGAAGACUCCAAGGAUCCCGGUGCUGCAUCGAGCAGCAGCACAUAA